AUGGUGGCCCCAUCUCCGUACCGUACCGCAAUCAUUGAUUGUGUCAAAAGUGGAAUGACAAAUUCAGAGAUCGUUAAAAAGCUGAAAGUGUCUCGUGUUCUCGUUUUUCGAACUGCACAACGCUAUCGGCGUCUCGGUACUUCAGAUGACAUCCAAAGAAGGGGACGUCCAGUCACCGUCACGACUCCAGAAGCAGUCAAAGCCGUUCGAGAGAAAAUCAGACGCACUGAGAAAGAUGUCAAAAAAACAUGAGAAAGAUGUCAAAAGAAUACGAAAUGAGUCGAGAAUCGAUGAGAACUAUUGUCAAGGACAAGCUGAAGAUGAUUCCCUACCGUAUGCAGAAAGGAGCCUUCCUCAAUCAAAAAAACAAGACAUUGCGGAUGAAAAAGGCUUGAAAGCUGCUCGCUGGCACGUAAGAUGGCUCGCAUCUGACGACGCUAUUUACCGACGAGAAAAUCUUCACUGUGGAGGCGAACAAGAACGGCCAAAAUCAUCGGAUCAUCGCUACUGACUAUCAGAGUACCUGUGAAAAAGGAAAUCUGAAUAAAACUUCGCAUCCGGCUUCCGUGAUGGUUUUUGCCGGAAUCACCGCUGACGGCAAAACUCCGCUGAUUUUUGUGGAUCCUGGAGUCAAAGUGAACCGAGUAUACUACAGGGAGUAGAUUUUGAAGUUGAGGGUGUUGCCCUAAGCCAAUUCUCACUACGGAAACCGACCAUGGACCUUCCAGCAAGACUGCGCCCGCGCUCAUCGUGCCAAAGGGACUCAAGAGUGGUAUCGCGCCAAUUUUUCGAGUUCAUCUCGGCUGCUGAUUGGAUUGCUUCCUCGCCCGACCUCAACCCGAUGGACUAGGCCGUGUGGAUAUAUCUGACCGAGAAGGUCUCUUCUAAGAACUACCCAAGUAUCAAAGCUCUGAAGACCGCGCUCAUCAAGAAAUGGGACGAAAUCGACGACGACUACCUUCGUGCCGUGAUCGAUGCGUAUCCGAAGAGACUGAAGGCCGUUAUCACUGCUAAAGGAGGACGUUUUGAAAACUAUCCUUGA